ACUUAAAAUCGUUAUUACUGUUGCCAUUACCGGCGCCAAAUGGAGUUAGAAGGGCCAAGGAAGGGUUACCAAUCGAUUCGCAGUUUGCUAUUACGAAAGAGAAAUUUUCGCUCGUAAACGUAAAGCUAAUUGCCCAUCGAAAAUGUGAUGACUAAUAGAAAUACCUUUCGGACAUGUUCAAUCGCGCGUUUAUUUAAUGAAUUACCCCGCAAUGAAAUACUUUUUAAUAAGAUAAUCGAUUAUGUUAGAGGAUCCGGUCAUAACACGAUAAAAAUGCCAUCUAAUAAAUGAAAAAUCGUAUUUUUAUCAAUUAUCUGAUUCCAGCGGUCAUUUGUGUAUGUAUAUAUAUAACAGAGCGAUUUUUUUUGACCACAACAUAAAACAUCAAAAUGAAAUACUUCCUUUCAAUUGUACUUUUGGCUUCUUUAGCCUUCUCAUAUCCCUAUCCAUUCGCUGCUGAACAAUGUACUUCAACCGUUUGUUUGAUCGAAAACGGUUGCCAAUGCAGUUCCAUGGAUUCACCAAUUGAAAAAGAACAAACACCGCAGUUCGUUACGUUAGCAUUUAACGACGCUGUAACAAAUGCGAUUUACGAAAUGUACCUCAACCCAUUAUUGGUAGGCCGAACAAAUGCUGAUGGUACUCAAAUUGGAGCAACAUUUUACGUACCACAUGAAUAUACCGAUUACGAACGCGUGAAUAAUUUAUAUAAUAACAAUUUUGAAAUAGCUGUACAUUCAAUUAGUAAAAAUCCUCUGACGAGUUAUUGGCAAGAAGCUUCUGAAGAUUUGCUCUUCGAUGAAUUCAAUGGACAAAGAAUUGUGGUUUCUCAAUUCGCCAACAUUCCAAUUGAUGAUAUCAUCGGAGCGAGAACACCAAAUUUAGCAAUAAACGGAGAUACCACAUUCAGUGCUUACAAAAGAUCUGGAAUUCAAUACGAUAAUUCGUGGAGUGCUUUAAGUACUGAUCGUUAUUUCCCUUACACUUUAGAUUUUAAAUCUCAGCAACCAUGUCAAAUUGGUGUUUGUCCAACUGAAUCUUUUCCUGGAAUGUGGGUGCUUCCGAUGAUAUCUCAGGUUGAUUCAAAUUCGCAUCAAUGUAAUGCCCUUGCUGGAUGUUCUAUAAAUGCUGAAAGUCCAGACGACGUCAAAAAUUGGCUCUUGGAACAAUUCGAAAGACAUUAUUCAAGUGAAAGAUCACCGAUUACAUUCAACGUUAACUCAGCUUUCUUUGAAAUCAGCGAAUUCAAUUAUCCAGGUUUCGAAGCGUUCCUUGAUGAAUUAAGAAAUUUCAACGACGUUUUCGUGGUUUCCCAUAAAGAAGUUCGAGAUUGGAGUGCUAAUCCUGUUCCUUUGGGUGAAUACAUUAGAACCUCCACCGAUAAUAGCGCCUCUUGUUCUCCGGUGGUAUGUGAAUUAGUAAAAGACGAAGAACGAAGAUACAUGAAGAGUUGUUCUGCGUGUCCAGAAGUAUAUCCUUGGGUUGGAAAUCCUUUGGGCGAAAAAGAACCUGAACCUACUGAUGAACCUACAGAUGAACCAACAGAUGAACCUACAGAUGAACCAACAGAUGAACCAACAGAUGCACCUACAGAUGCACCUACAGAUGAACCAACAGAUGAACCAACGGAUACGCCAACGGAUGCACCAACUGAAGAAACCACUGAACCACAACAAGAAUUUACUAAUAAACCAGCUGUUCAGCCGAUUAAUCCAUCUGUAUCACCAGUUGAUAUAUCUAGUGAUUAUUCGAAUAUUAAACAGUGGUUGUUAGUUAUUUUUAUUAAAUGAUUUUUUU